UCUAAUACUGAAUUGCACUAUCGAGUACCGAUACUUUAAGACUCCGGUACUCGAACCUCAGCGGUCUGGCAGCGCCAUCGGAACAACAAUAACAAAAAUACAGAACAAACUGAAAUAUGCAAAAUUAGACAUUUUAAAAAUGUUUAUGUUUCGGAACUGUGCCGUUCUCCUGGUGAUUGGUUCCAUCUGUUGUUUCAUAUAUGGGAUCAUUAACAUCUAUGUAGAUGUGGAGCCGAAUGCCUGUCGCAUGACCUAUAUGUUUGGGCAGCCGAUGUUUUCACGAGUCCAGAUAAAAAACGGCGAGCUGUAUCCCAAUUACAGACUUUUCUACUACUACGAAGGACUAAGGGACUCGGUGGAACCACAUGCAAAGGACAUGACCGGAGCUCCGGUUAUUUUUGUGCCAGGCAAUGGCGGCUCCUACAAGCAAGUCAGAUCGUUGGCCUCCGUCGCCCUUCGCAAGGCUCUGACUAACGAUGCCGGCAUUCAUUUAGACUACUACACCAUCGACUACGAUGAAGAGCUGUCGGCCCUCUAUGGCGGCUACUUGUUUCAUCAGCAACGUUAUCUUAAGCUCUGCAUCCGCACAAUCCUGUCCCUCUAUAAAGGGCGCAGCGAAGAGCCGUCCAUUGUGCUCAUCGGGCACUCAAUGGGCGGUAAGCUGGCGCACUCGGUUCUCACAGACUUAAGCAUAGGACAGCACAUAAAUACGAUUAUCAGUAUUUCCACGCCCCUUGACCGGCCCGUGCUAAAUUUGGAUGCUGAACUGGACGCUUUUUACGCACAGACAGAUAGUGCCCUGAGCAGGACUCGAACAGUCACUCUACCAACGACCCGGACCAAUGUAUGCAACAGCUUGCACCAGAACCCACCAAGUGUCCAAAAUAUGGCUCUGAAAGAGACAUCGGCAAACCUGGACAACGUUUUGCUCAUCUCGACGGCUGGUGGGAAUCGUGAUCUCCUCGUGCGCCCGGGCCUAACAGCCUCCAAGUUCAAUGAUCUUCACGCCAUGACCUCGGCCAUACCCCGUGUGAGCCUAAGCUGCGAUCAUCUAUCCGCUGUUUGGUGCUUGCAGUUCAUUAAGACCAUAAAUAGAUUCCUCUUUAGCAUUGCCCGGGUGCGCGACGAUCGGUCAGUGAUCUUUAGCACAGACAAACAACGCAACCUGAAGUCGGCUCUGUCUCACUUUGUGAAGCGGCCAAGUCGCCCGCAGAGCACUAUGAGCUUUUCUGCAGCCAACAAUUGGAACGAGGAGCGACGACUAGUCAUCAAUAAGUACUUCGCCAAUGGUCUCAAGACUUCCUACUUUGACCUGAUUGGCAUAAAGCGCCACAAGCGCUACAAAAAGCUGGCCAUUGAGGCGCUGAAUGUGGACGAUAUCGAUUGGUUAUUCGGCUGCACUGCCCUGGUCCACAAAGAGACGGGUCAAACUUACUGCGAAAAGGUUACACCGCUUACCCAUCUAGUUCAGCGGUUGCCGAACAGAGAGCGAGAGCCGCGAAGCAUUGCAGUGCUGGAUCUUCACAAUUUGCGCAACACCUACUUAGAGUGGACUCAUGUGCUGGUACGCCUACCAGCGGGCAGCGGUCACCUUGGCUACAAUCUAGACAUCUACGACCCUAAAGAGCGGCACGUUGACAUCCGCCUUCCGCGCUGGUACUCCUUUUCCAAGCAACUGGCCGUCAAUGAAACGUUGCAGGGCACACUCCACUAUAGGCUGCGUAUCAGCGAGCUCUUCGAUCCGUACCAGAGCCUGAGAGUGAUUGUUGAGCCCCUACAGUGCCUCAAACCACAGUACCGCGUCACGGCAAGGCUCUGUGUUCCUUGGGCGGCGGGCUUUGAGCGCUUUCAAACGUUGACUUCUCCGGACGAAAAGCCUCAGCUUUAUGCGAACGUACCCACCCUGCUUCCAAAGCACUACAAUACGACCCUGAAUCCUGUCAUAAUGGACUUGUACCUGGACCCCAUUUGCCGCUAUCGUAUAAGCUAUGAGUACGGCUAUUCCUCAGCCCUGUCCCGACUGGUCUUGGAGUUUUCCAGCUGGCUGCCGGCUCACCUGACAUGUGUGCUGCUUAUUGUUUUGCGAAAGCAGGUUUCAACCUUCCAUGAAGUGGGCAGCUUCAAGAGCCUAAAGCCCUACACCGGCUAUCUGCAGUACACAUCACUAUACGUGGUCACAGCCUGUCGCCUGCUGAAGAAGCUAAUACUGAGUAGCCGUGUGCUGCCCACUCCAGAGUCCUUGGACUACAGCAUCAACGUGUCGAUUGUGAUCCACUGCGCAGCGAUUGCGUUCUCCUUGGUGGCAACCCUGGCCACCUGGCUGGCCCUAUCGCUCUACGGAAACGCAUUCUAUCGCUUGGCCUUGCGUCUGACGCGCCAAUCACAGGCCAGCUCCAAUAUACUGAUCUCCAUAAUGACUCAUCUGCCCAUUACUUACGGCAUCCUAACCAUUGCGACGGCAAUAGGCACCUGCAGUGGUGUGGGUCUGCUGCUGGCCUUUGUUUUCUACUUUCUAAUGCUGUCGAAUGCCUACAAGGACUACCUGGAGGACUUCGUCUGGCAGAAGGCGGCUAACUUGGUUCGCGGUACGCCGAGUGAACCGGCUGCUACAGGAUCUGAAGGAGAUGGAGACACGCUGUCGGGCAUAGAUGAUGGCCAGUCAGACGAAAAAAAGCAACAGCAGGAGGAGGAGCAGGAAGAAAUGGCAGCGGAAAAAAAGGAAAUUGAUCCAGAACCCUGUGUUGGCCUUCAAAACUUUCCCUUUCACGUAACCCUAUUGUUGAUGCUGCUCAUGCAGCUUCUGCUCACUGGCCCAAACACAUUGGCCUGGGUCCGAUCUCGACGCCAUGGCAUCGAUCUGCCCGACCCGAGCUUGCAGUCCAGCGUCGUUGUCUUGAUCUCCCUAAGUUUACUGCUGCAGUUUCGGGCUCCACAGAAAUGCUCUGGCUAUUGGAUGAUGUCCAUUGUCCUGUACGUGCUGUCUGGGAUUGUUCUUUUGUACUGUCAGGCAGCCAUAUACAGACUGAACUUUGUGUUUGCUGGUGCCUUCGCCCUGCUGGCCGCACACCAAGGUCUCUGGAUUCUGUGGCGUCGCCUGAACUGAACUGGUUUUAGCACGUGUCUUAAUUUGUUAUUUAUUUGUUCACUAGUUAAUACAGCUAUUAAGUUAGAGCAAACAAUGGCAAUGCCCGAGUCGAAGUGUGCGGUUGAGUCUUACAUAAACCCUCAGGCGGCCAUUAAAAUUACAAUUAAGUCGCUAUUGGUCAUAGCGGGAAGUCCAAACUAGUCCAAAUAGGCGUUACUCGAUUUGCCGAACGCACAUUGCUUUCAAUAAAUUUUUUUACGCCUGCUGCCGACGAUUUCUGUUGGAGAUAUCUGGUAUCAGGUAUCAGGUGGCAGGCAUGUCAAUUACCAUUUAUGUGAAAUGUGUGAAAAUUACCAUAAACACUGACCACACUGUACUGCCAUACGCGGUUUUCUAUUCAGCCCAAACCAAAAACCUUUUUUUUCACCAUUUUUGUUUUCCAUUUUGACUUGGCAUUUCCCAGUCGGUGCUGAAAAGCAAGCUCCUUAUAUCCGUGCCCUCCGGAUAUGUGCAUAUGAAUGUUAAAUUCAACCAAAGACUAGUCUAUAUAUAGGUACAAAUAUAUCGUUUACCCUUUUUUACCCUCAAAUCCCUUUAAUAUCAUUUAUGAGAAGGACGUCUUGGAUGUAUAUAUAUAAUAUGGGAAUUGUAAUUAAAUUUAAACAUACUUAAUGUAGAAAAUACUACGGGUGCAUACCUACUGCUUGACAAUGUUUUCCGACGAGUAGGAAGGCAGACAUUUGCAAUGGUAUUGGAGGCAUCGGUCCACCGAACCUGAUCGCCCCAUAUUAGAUAUACUACAUAUAUUUACUAUAGCUCGUAACAUACCCGUAGUUUUCAAAAAUAAAUAUACUCCCAUUACUUAUCCAA